UAUUUGAUAAAAUAUCUAAACAAUUUCGACAAGUGCUCCAUAUUAGUUCGCUUGCGAGUGCAUUAUUGAACAGUCCAAAGAUUUACUCCACCUUCACCGACGUGUCUACACAAUGUCGCAACUUAACAUACGCGCAAUCAAUGCAGAUUUGCAAAAACUCGCCAACGAGGAGUUGAAUGAGAUGCCCGAACGUGUGGCGGCCGAUAUUGAAGCGCUGCGCACCUGGAUCCAACAGCAGCCGCAUUUGCGCGCACGUGACGAUGAUCAAUUUUUGCUCUCCUUCCUGCGUGGCUGCAAAUUUAGUUUGGAAAAGGCGAAGGGGAAAAUCGAUAAAUACUAUACGUUACGCACUAAAUAUCCGGAUUUCUUCGGCGCCUACGAUGUGAAUGAUCCCAAGAUACGAGCGGUCUUUAAUGCUGGCAUAAUUUUGUUGUUGCCCAAACCAUUGCACGAGCAAGGUCCACGCAUAAUACUCAUACGUCAAGGUGCACUGCCAGCUGACGAAUACACGAUCGAACAUUUUAUACGCGCCGCCAGUCACUUGCAAGAGAUCAUAAUACGCAAUGAUGAUCAUGCCAUUAUAUCGGGCAUGAUAUCGAUUAUCGAUAUCGAAAAUUGUACUCCUGGACAUGUUAUGCAGAUGACGCCGAGCGUCAUGAAGAAAAUGUCCAUACAUGCCGAGGAGGCAGUGCCUUUACGUCCAAAACAACAACACUUCAUACAUAUACCCAGUGGCUUCGAAACGGUUUUCAAUGCCAUCAGACCGCUCAUGACAAAGAAACAACAAAACAGAAUUUCAGUGCAUGCCGAAAAUUUGGAUAGAUUUUACGAACACGUUCCACGUUCUUAUCUACCCGUGGAAUAUGGCGGCGAUAAUGGCACGAUUGCAGAGAUAAUCAGCUACACAAAUAAACAAUUGGAUGAGUAUCGCGAUUACUUUAAGGAGAAUAAAAAUUACGGCACUGAUGAGAGUUUACGUUCAGGCAAACCCAUUGAUUUUGAAAGUUUAUUCGGUGUGGAGGGUUCCUUCCGGAAACUGGAGGUGGACUAGAUUUGUUGGAAAUGAGAUUUUUUGCAAUAUGUAAUAAAACAUGAUGUUAUGUAGAUCAUAUUUAACAUAUAUUUUAUACUAAUAAUGUUUUUUUUUUAUUUUAUAAAAUCAAAAUAUAAA